UUCGAUCAUUUAUAAACUCUUUGUGACAAUUUUUCUCUCACUCAAGAUCAAAGUGUAACGAAUUUAUUGUGUUCUUGAGGUGUUUUAGUUCUUUAAAGUAUCAAUUGAAGUGAUAAGUGCUCAAAAGUGAAAGAAAUACUCAAAAAUUCGGAAUCUCAAAGAACUUUCCCACCAAUUUUCCGAAUGAAAUACCGUAAUAGUCAAGGGAAUAUCCUACAAAUCCAGUUUCGUACAUUCCUUGGUGAUUUUGAGCCAGAAAUUCGGAGGUGAAGGAAUAGCUGAUAAAUAAAGUGAAUUAAAAUUCAAAAUGAGGCAG